AUGGUGAACAACUCAUCCACCAUACGCGUUCUUCGGGAGAUCAAAGAACUCCAGACUGGCUCCGAUCUUUCGCUUGCUGUCGCCCACCGUGAAGAUGAUGUUCGUACCGUGCGCUGCCUCAUCGUCGGACCUUCGGAUACGCCUUACGAGUUCGGCUUCUUCGAGUUCAAGGCAAAGUUCGGGGACGCAUACCCUGUACAACCUCCGUCCGUGAGAUGCUUGACCACUAAUGGCGGUCGCUGCCGCUUCAACCCAAACAUAUAUGCCACUGGCAAAGUCUGCCUCAGUAUUCUUGGUACAUGGCGCGGUGAGGAAGGCGAGCAGUGGAGUACUGCUCAAGGCAUCGAGAGUGUGCUUAUCAGCAUCCAAAGUCUCAUGAGCUCGAACCCUUAUGAGAACGAACCUGGUUUCGAACACAUCAAGGUCACUGCGAAGGAGGCAGAGGCAUAUGCACAGAAGGUCCGCCAUGAAACUCUCCGAAUCACUGUGCUGCAACGACUAGAAACGCUGCUUGAAAUAGCUGACGAUGACCACAUAACGACUGCCGCGGACUUGAGUACACCCCCUGCUGAUUACGACGAUGAUGGUGUCAAAGAGUACGAUCCUUCCGCCGAUGGCUACACCGAGUCGGAUCCUGACGCUCUCUUCCACCCAUUCGCCGACCUAUACAAGCGCCGCUUUAUCUGGUACUACGAUGCAUACCUCAAGUCGAUCGAUGAUGCCUCUGCCAAAAUCAAGGACGGUACGGCAUUCGUAGGUACACCUUUCGAGUACGGCACCAACGAUAUGCGCGGCAAGUUUGCUUACGCCUCUCUCAAGACUCGCUUUCUGCGUGUCUACGAGGCGCUUGAGGCAGAGAAGGACAGUUGGGCGACGGAGGGCAAAGCAGCAUUCACCAAGGAGCACGGUACGGCCAUGAACCUCAAUCAUCAAUUCGACUCGUUGCGCAACCACUACUCUCGAAGCAAUGGUCCGUCCGUCGAACUCAGCCUCGUCGACGGCAACCCCUUCGUCUGGACGCUCACCUUCUUUGGCCCUUCAGAGACAGACCUCUACGGCGCAACCAUCAACGUACGCCUACACUUCCCCUUUAAGUUUCCAGAUCAACAGCCGCGAGUCACUGUCCUUACACCACUCUUUCACCAUCGCAUCAGCUCCACCACGAAAGCACUCUGCUACUUCCCUACCAAGCUCUUCAGCGUCCAGAACCACAUCGAGAGCAUCAUGGCCGCCAUCGUCGAGGAGAACCCAUCCUACGACCCACGCGCACUUGUCAACCCCGCCGCAUCAGUAUUGCGCUGGGGUGAUGAAGCCGGCAAGAAGUUGUAUAGACGCAAACUUCGCAGGAGCGUACAGGACGCCAUGGAGAACUGCGAUGAGUUCUAG